AUGCCUGAUACUACAGCAGACUCCGUUGGAAAAGUUUACAUCGAUGAUCAAGGCUCUGACGAGGUUGGUGAUGGGUCAGCCGAGAGACCAUUCCAAACUGCCUUCAGAGCCCUAACUGUAGCUGGAAUACAAGCCAAUGUCUUUGCGCGGAAGACACCUGGAGGGGAGUACGAGCCUCUUGGUACCUCAGCCUUGAAGAAAGCCAAAAAGACGAUGGAGCUUAAUGAGCGGAAGGCGAAGAAGAACGAGGAUCAGAAGGCUUCCAAGGAAAAGGAGGAAGCCGAGAGGCUUGCUCGAGAAGCGAGGAGGAUAGAAGAGAGCAAGAAGAUCGUUUUAGAGGAAGACACCUCCUUACCUCCAGCAACCAAGAUCCAAGAGCUUACCAAGUUUCGCUCAAAGCGUGUUCGGGUGUCGGGUUGGGUUCAUCGCCUUCGACAACAAAAAGAAUUGACUUUUAUUGUUUUGCGUGACGGAACCGGUUUCUUGCAAAGCAUUCUGGCUGGAAAAUUGUCUCAGACGUAUGAUGCUUUAACCUUGGCAACGGAGGCAACGGUUGAGAUUUAUGGAAUUAUCUCUGAAGUACCGGAAGGGAAGACUGCACCAGGGGGACACGAGCUAAUUGCUGAUUACUGGAGACUUCUUGGUGCUUCCCCUCAAGGGGACGACGCAUUUUCAAGUAAACUCAAUGCGGAAUCAGAGGGCAGUGUUGUCGCCGACAACAGACAUCUCGUAUUACGUGGAGAGGUAGCCGCUUCCAUCAUGCACGUUCGGGCAGGGGUUCUUUCCGCAUUUCGAAAAGUGUUUGAGGCGCAUAGCGUGGUGGAGGUUACUCCUCCGUGCAUGGUACAAACUCAAGUAGAGGGAGGCGCUACUCUAUUCAAGUUUGAUUAUUAUGGCGAGCCGGCGUUCUUGACGCAGAGCAGUCAGCUGUACUUGGAAACUUGCUUGCCCAGUCUCGGAGACGUCUAUUGUAUCCAGGAAAGUUUCAGGGCUGAAAAUAGUGACGCUUAUCUUACAUUCUGCAGACACCUGAGCGAGUAUACCCACUUAGAGGCUGAACUGGCAUUUAUAACGUUCGACGAUUUGAUGACCCAUAUCGAGACAGUCAUUUGCGAAGCGGUUGACACCGUACUCGAGAAUCCUCGCCUAGCAGCCAUGUUGAAGCAGCUCCAUCCCAAGUUUCAACCACCGAAACGACCCUUUUUGCGCAUGUCGUACCGAGAUGCCAUCAAGUACCUCAUCGAGCACGACAUCAAGCGGAAGGACGAUGACACUGGUGAACUGGUUGACCACGUUGUUGGUGAUGAUAUUGCGGAAGCGGCAGAGCGUCAAAUGACGGAUCAACUCGGAGUCCCUAUGUUUCUGCAUGGAUUCCCAAAGCAUCUGAAGGCGUUUUAUAUGAAGAAAAUCCCCGGAGAUGAGGAGUUUACGGAGAGUUGUGAUCUAUUGAUGCCUAAUGUUGGAGAAAUUGUCGGUGGUUCAAUGCGUAUCCCUGGAAUUGAUGACUUACUAGAUGGGUAUAAACGCGAAGGGAUAGAUCCCGCACCGUAUUAUUGGUUCACUGACCAACGGAAAUAUGGGACAUGUGAACAUGGUGGAUAUGGCCUUGGUGUCGAACGCCUCCUUGCGUGGUUGCUCAACCGUUAUACCGUUCGAGAGUGUUCGUUGUACCCUCGGUGGCCGGGACGUGCCACGCCUUGA